GUAAUCCCCGGUCGAAAUGGCUCUGAGAAAGUGUGGAAACCUGUUCGUGGCUCGUCUCGCUGGCACCUCGACCAGAGCGGCUUCCACAAUGACCGUCCGUGACGCCCUAAAUCAGGCUAUGGACGAGGAAAUCAAACGUGACGACCGAGUUUUCCUGAUGGGAGAAGAAGUUGCUCAGUACGACGGAGCUUACAAGAUUUCCAAGGGAUUGUGGAAGAAGCACGGUGAUAAGCGAGUCGUCGACACUCCAAUUACUGAAAUGGGAUUCGCUGGAAUCGCCGUCGGUGCUGCCUUCGCCGGGCUCCGUCCAAUUUGCGAGUUCAUGACAUUCAAUUUUUCCAUGCAAGCCAUCGAUCAGAUUAUUAAUUCAGCCGCAAAAACAUAUUAUAUGUCCGCCGGAAGGGUACCCGUCCCAAUCGUAUUCCGUGGACCAAAUGGAGCCGCCGCCGGAGUUGCUGCUCAGCAUUCUCAAGACUUUUCAGCUUGGUAUGCUCAUUGUCCAGGACUGAAGGUUGUCUGUCCGUACAGUGCUGAAGAUGCGAAGGGACUCCUGAAAGCUGCGAUUCGUGACGAUAAUCCGGUUGUCUUCCUGGAAAACGAGAUUCUCUAUGGACAAUCGUUCCCAGUCGGCGACGAGGUUCUUUCCGAUGAUUUCGUGGUUCCAAUUGGCAAGGCAAAGAUCGAAAGAGCUGGUGAUCACGUAACAAUUGUCUCGUAUUCACGUGGAGUUGAAUUUUCACUGGAAGCUGCAAAACAGCUUGAAGCUAUCGGAGUUUCAGCAGAAGUUAUUAAUCUUCGCUCACUUCGUCCAUUUGAUUUCGAAUCGAUUCGUCAAUCAGUUCAUAAGACUCAUCAUUUGGUGUCUGUUGAGACUGGAUGGCCAUUUGCUGGAAUUGGCUCAGAAAUUGCUGCUCAAGUUAUGGAGAGCGAUGUUUUCGAUCAACUUGACGCGCCACUUUUGAGAGUCACCGGAGUCGAUGUUCCAAUGCCAUACACUCAAACUUUGGAGGCUGCCGCCCUUCCAACCGCCGAACACGUCGUGAAAGCUGUCAAAAAGAGCCUGAAUAUCGCAUAAUUUUCUGUUUUUUUUCGUUAAAAAAUCGAUUUUUCUCUAAUUCUCAUGACCCCCGAUGCCUUUUUUCCCCUAAUUUUUUUUUCAAAAUUUUUGGAAUUUUUAAAAAUUUUUAGAGCUUUUUUUUUCGAGAUUUUCCCCAUUUUUAGGUACUUUUCCUGUUUUUAUGUUCCCCGUUUAAUAGUGAUUUUAGUGAGUAAAACGAGUAAUAAAAGUCCCCUCAAUU